AUGACUUCCGAGAUUACUAGUAUGAUAAGCUCUAUGCGUACACUUGUAAUGAGCUCGAUUGAUCCAGGAAACCUUGAAGGAGCUUCCAAAACAUUGGCUUCUGUUGAGGCAGCCAUGUCUACUGGUACGGAGAUGAAGACUUUGAGUCGAUAUUUGGUAGGAGCCAACGCAACAAUGAAUAUUAUCGAAGCACAAAAUUUAUUGGUUACUGUAACGGACACCCUCGCUAAAAGUCAGGCAACCCAGAUCGUAUAUGAUUCUACUUCGGAUUUGAAAGCUUUGGAAUGGCUGUUAAAUCUGUAUGGCGAAAUUCUAAGCACCCCUCCUAAUGCUUUCUACUGUGGCUUAUUUGGAGCAUUAUUUAUCUUCUACGCUAAUAUGAUGAUUAGGUCUCGUUUUUGGUGGUUUAAUAUUAGUCUUUUGUGGUUCUGCUUUGGAAUUUGCCGGUUUCGUGGGAAGAAUUCUUUCUUGUAUUGA